UGUGAUGAGAACAGUCAAAUCGUAAUGGCGACUGCUGGGACAGCAGACUCGGGAUCAACAGCCCCGACAGGGACAAGUGGCAUCCGAAAAAUGGUCCCUGCAGAGAUGCCUGGCUCUUCAGGUACAACUCAGAGCAUGAAGAAGACCAUUGGACACCGGGGCGUUGAGACCACCACAGGAGAGACCACCUAUAAAAAGACCACUUCGUCUGCCCUAAAAGGCGCCAUCAUGUUGGGCAUCGCUCACACAGUUGGCAGCUUAAGCCAAAAGGCAGAAAGGGAUGUUCUCAUGCAGGACUUUGUGGUAGUCGAAAGCAUCUUCUUCCCCAGUGAAGGCAGUAACCUGACUCCUGCUCAUCACUACAGUGACUUUCGCUUUAAGACCUAUGCUCCUAUUGCCUUUCGAUACUUCAGGGAACUCUUUGGCAUCCGGCCAGAUGACUACAUGUAUUCUCUGUGCAACGAGCCACUGAUCGAGCUGUCUAACCCCGGAGCCAGUGGAUCCAUCUUCUAUGUCUCUAGUGAUGACGAGUUCAUCAUCAAGACUGUUCAACAUAAAGAGGCAGAGUUCCUCCAAAAGCUUCUGCCUGGAUAUUUCAUGAAUAUAAACCAAAACAAGCGCACCCUGCUACCCAAGUUCUAUGGACUCUAUUGUGUUCAGGCAGGAGGUAAGAACAUCCGGAUUGUCGUGAUGAACAAUCUUCUGCCUCGGACCAUCCCCAUGCACCUCAAAUACGACCUGAAGGGCUCCACCUAUAAGAGAAGAGCUUCCCCUAAGGAGAGAGAGAAGGCCGUUCCCACUCACAAAGACCUGGACUUUAUCCAGGACUUGCCUGACGGCCUGCUGCUGGAAGCCGACAACUACAAUGCCUUGUGCAAGACUAUACAGAGGGACUGCUUGCUUUUGCAGAGCUUUAAGAUCAUGGAUUACAGCCUGUUAAUGGGCAUCCACAACAUGGACCAGGCCAGUCGAGAGCGGGAGCGUGGUGGGGGCACUUCGGGGGACAGUGGGGGGUCGGAGGGAGCAGUAACCCCAGAUCAGCGCCGGCCACAAGCCCAGAAAAGUCUGUACUGUACAGCCAUGGAGUCCAUUCAGGGGGAGGCUCGAGGGAAGGGAGCUUUGGAUUCAGAAGAUCACAUGGGUGGGAUUCCAUCUCGCAAUUCUAAAGGAGAGAGGUUGCUGAUCUACAUCGGCAUCAUUGACAUUCUCCAGUCCUACAGGUUUAUUAAGAAGUUGGAGCACUCCUGGAAGGCCUUGGUCCAUGAUGGGGACACAGUUUCGGUUCACAGACCUGGCUUCUAUGCAGAUCGUUUCCAGCAAUUCAUGUGCAACACAGUGUUCAAGAAAAUUCCACUAAAACCAUCACCAUCUAAGAAGAGUCGUGGUGGAGGUCAGGGAGGUCUUCGGAGGGCCCCCACCCUGGGAGCUCCCACCCCGCUGUCCCAUGCGACAGGACAGUCAUCCAUGGACUCCAGACUAGUCUACCACAGCCACUUUAAAAGCACAGACUCAGAGGCAGACAGCGGCGUGCAGUCGUCGGGCAGACCAGAUCUUGUUCCGAGGACCCCUCCGCUGGUAGAAAACCCUGCUGACUGUGAGGCCAACCUGUCCACCUCAUCACUAGGCAGCACAGGAGUUGCCUCCACCUCUCCUCCGCUACGGUCUGUAGGGGUAGAAGUGCACAAAUCAGCAAACCCAGACUUUGACCAGGGUUCUUCCCACAGUUUGGAGGCUGAAGGGGCUUUAGACAAUUCAGGCAACCUGUGUGGAAACGAAGAUGUAGUUUCACUCUCAGACAUCAUCCCUGAGACCAACAUCUGUUUUUAAAAACACAGUGCCAUCUAAAGACGAGGCGUUUCUGGACAUGGCGAGGCUGGUGGAAGUAAGGACAAAGAGAGUUGAAAGUUACCCAUUGACCACACACCACUGCACCUCUGUUGUUUUCUCACCAAUACAGUAUAUACGGGGAUCGCUGGAUGAAGCAGCGAUGUGCAAUGGAGGUUGUGAUAAUGAAGAAAGCAGUGGUGGGAAGAUCAAGAAGAAGACUGUGUGUGGUAUGCUUUAGGCUUUCCCAUCAACAUUAUCCCAAAGCCAGAUUGUCUCUCAUAUACACCUGGAAUAAAGCUCUUUAGUAGCUUUGGCAGCAUUACAUUACAGAGAUUUUCGCAACAUGAAGAAUGCUGCAAUGACAUAAUAAACAAAAUAAUUAGUUGUAGAGUAUAUUGAUUUAAAAAAAACAAAUCCCACGCCCCAGUCACCAGUGGAUGGUGAAGACAGACAAAUUAUCCAUGAAGAGUCAGUUCAUUUUAUGCAGCACAAAGCGAUGUGUGAUGGCACAGACAGCAGUUCAGCAGGAACACACACACUUAAGAGCAUAUGAAGGGAAUAUCCUGUGUCUGUAGCAGUGAAUAUUUCCCUGUGUGUUCGUGCACAAUCUGAGUGGCUUCACAUUGCCGUGAUUCACACACACGAGUGUUCCUGUUACUGCACUUCUGUGUCCUCUCGGCGCUCUCUCACGAGCAGGGGUGCUCUUAGCUAUCAACACUUGCUGCUGUAGACGCUUCGAUCAUGUAUGCAUUUCUUUUUACUGAUUGUGGAUGUCCAGGUAUUUGUAUGAAACUGGAUUUCUGAAACAGCGGAGGGAUGGGUUCAAACCGACCUGUACGGUAAUUUUGUUUCCCGUUUUGUUGUAAGUUAUUCUGCUGGUAGCCACGGUGGUGCUGCAAAGGUCCAGCUAGAUCUUUCCACAUCUGAAUGUCCAUUACAAUGUUUUUCUUAUAUAGAAUGUGUCUUAUUAACAUGGCAGACCACAUUUGUACAACCCCAAAAAAUCUCCCCCUCUGAUGUGACCAUAUGUGCUUACGUAUAAAUGAAUACAGAGAGAAGAGCUGUUGACAGCAUUGCUGGCCAGUCUGUAGCUGUUAAAUGAAGUCAUGCUAUUAAGCCAAUAGAAUAGUAAUAAUUUCCAGGCACUGUCAUUUGUCUGUCAUGUCUGUGCCUUUAACAUGUUUGUCCCUUCCUUAACAUGUGAUAUGAUAUAACUGACAUUUUUUAAAGGUCAGCGUUUUAGUCGCACAGACAAACCUGCCUUAUCACUACAGCUGAAGUCAUCCAACUGCCAUUUGUAUGUCUGGAACAACCACCUGUUGCCAGGGUUUAAAAGAAUUUCAGAUUUUAAUGCAAACACUAGUACAGCCUCUUUCGGUUAUGCGUAUGUCGAUUGUUCAGUCAUUGGGGUUCAUCAGCUCAGUUAAUCCUUUUAACUGUCCUGACAUCAGUCAGUAAGGAUGUUUGUCUCUCAUUAAUCAUUUCUGCUGGUUACAGAAAUGACACCAGCCCACUCUUGGACCAAUAUAACUAACCGUGUGUACCAAGUCUUUCAUAUUUUUUUUGUAUCUACUGUUACUCAGCACUUACUCAGCUGUUCAUAAAAAAAAAAAAAAGAAAAAGAAAAAAAAAGAUGCUUUGUGUUUGCAAAAUGUUUUGUGUUUAUCUUAUUGUUUAGGGCACUAAGCAAGCUACUGAGGUGGCCGGCAGAGAGCUUUUUACCCCACGAGAUAUUUCUGAUACAGAAAUUUGAAUCACUACGAAGUGACUGUAGCAAAACUCGAGCUUAGACAUCAUCUCAUCUAAUGAAUUACUGUUUGCGUUUGUUAGACACAUGUGGUCUAUGCAGCAGAGAGGGAGAAGGGGAAAUGUGUCCUGUGACUAUAGAAAGAAGGAAAACUACUCAUGUUCAUCGAUGCACAGUUGAGGAUUUAGGACUGAGUCUGUGGCACCAAAGAGAAGAGUGAGGAGAUCCUGAGACUGUUCAGGAUCCAGUACAUUUAACAUGAAAAUGACACUCCUCAUUACCUACAUGGACUGGUAAUAAUGGUAUAUGGUAUAUAUGGACUGGUAUAUGGUAAUAACACUGGGUUGACCUGUGUUUUAAGGAUCUAUUAUUAAACUGGAUGGGUUUUUUUGCUAAAUAAUUUCACGUCUGAAAAGCUGUAUCUGACACAAAUCUAGUCCCUGUAAAGAUUUAUUUUGUAUUUAUCAAAGAAUUGGUUUACAUUGUGGCCUGAGACAUUUCAAGAUUGAACUCCACAUUCCUGUGAAAUUUCUAGUUAAAUUUACUACAAUUGCCUUAGCUCUUAGAACCCAUUAUUGACCACCUUUGUGUAGUUGGGAUGAUGUGCUUGAAUUAUUUCUUAGUAUGGUGAAAUAUGAAACCUUGAAUUUUUUUUUCUUUCUCAGUUUAAAGUCGUAUUUAGUUGGUUGGGAGUCAAACAGCCACCAAAGAAAACACUCCAAGUAAAGAUCUCUCAUCUAGAAAAAUUCAGAUUGUAUUUUACGACACCUGCAUUUAGAUGUUUUAUGUUGUAACCUUUUUUGUUAUGGGUGGGACUGAGUAAUUACUGGAUGCAGACCAGUUCUGUUUUGUACUACACCAUGGCACAAGAGAAACAUCCUUCGGUGCUUAAUGUGCGAUGCUCUCAGUGUAGACACUACAAUAUAUUUGAAGUAUUGCAAUAUGAACCACAAUCUGCCACCUUUCAUCUUUAAGAAGUAUAUUUAUUAAUAUGGGUGAUUGCUGCAGGCUGAAAUAAUAAGUUGUAUUAUGUACCUUUGAUGUACGUAUACUGACAGAAGGAUGUCUGAAACUUUAUAGCGUGUAUUGUCUAUGAAGGGGGCGAACUAUUUGACAAUUUCACUUUUUAUAUUUCAUGUUUAGAUUGUGAUAUGAUAGAAUCAUCCUGGAAAGAAACUGAGUUGUUAAUCUCCCAUGCUUUUUCUACAUGAAUGUUUCACAUGGCUUACAAGCCAAACAUUGCUGGUUGUCCUAUAUGCUUCAAUUACUAUAUUUUUACGGUGUAUAAAAUGUGUAUAUGUACAUAGGAGUCACGGAAAUGCCUUCUCAUGCAAUAUGUGCUGCCUGUCCCUCCUGCCAUGUUUCAGUUAUGUGGUGGUGAUGUUUUCAUGUCUGAUUUUAAAGGAUUAAACAUAUUUUCUAAAUCUU